AUGUCUCCUGCGGAGCCAGUCAGAUUUCGUGAACGCGUGAUCAUGAAUUGGUCCAUCUACAUUUUCGUUUUGCUGGGGCAUGUGACUAUACGGUCACUUGCUAAUACCGUCUGUGUGCCUGUCUACACGGCACACAGUCUCAUAGGUCUCUAUUCACAAAUGCAGAUGUUACCUUUUUUCAUAAAGGAAACUACUCACAAGGUUGCUGAAAACUCUUCGACAGCCCACGACCGGAAACUACUCACAAGGUUGCUGAAAACUCUUCGGCAGCCCACGACCGGUUUCGCCCUUCUUGGGGCUCAUCAGGUAGACGACCCGUGCGACUCGUGCAACAGUGAGCAAACCUGUGUAAAUGGCAUAUGCGAGCCCGCAGGUGGCAACCCGUGUGAAGGAGUGGUUUGUGGACCCAAUGCUGCUUGCAUUCACGGUUCUUGCCGCUGCAAUUCGGGCUUUGAGGGUAAUCCAGUUCACGGAUGUACACCAGUUGUUGCUAACUGCGAGACAUGGCCUCUGCGGGUAGAUGAUGUGAGGCGUCUCCAGGCUUUCGACCACCGAUGCCUCAGUAGCGUGGCUGGUUUCAGAUGGCGUCAGUGUGUUAGUAACGAGGUGAUUAGAAAACGGGUAUUUGGCUGUUCUGCAGGCACCUCGAUCCGGGAAAACAUCCAGCAUCAUCGACUACGAUGGCUCGGCCGUGUGAUACGCAUACCGGAACACCGUGUACCAAGACGAAUGUUGUUCUCCGUGCCUCCUUCAGGAUGGCGCAAACCGCGAAGUGGACGGCACAUGACUUGGAAGAAAGGCGUGAAAGAGAUCACGAAGCGUUUUUGUGUGUUGCUGGUGUUGUACGCCUUCCAGGAUGGGGUCCUCGUGACCCCGUCUGUGCUUAACUGGAGACGUUGCAAGAAAUGGCGGCUAAUCGAUGUCAGUGGCGUUCGUGCUGUCAGUUUCUUUCCAGAUUGUCUGAUUGAGCGGCUGAAGGCGUGCCACACCGCCAGCAGGAAUCCAGUGGAACAGCUACUGACGAGAGCUGAUUGGGACGCACUGUUCCCAAACCGUUGGUUCAAGAGUCCCCUCUGGCAUUUGUAUUACACGCCACAACAGCCUUGGUAUUAUCCGCAAAUGGAAGUUGACUAUUACUCGUACGAGAACUUCAUCGAGGCUGUUAAGUCUAUGGAGGCGAGUGGCCAUGGCAAGUUUUUGAAUGAGCCAGGAACAUCUUUGGAAGAUAGAAAACGGGAACUCUGUGCCUUUCUUGGAAACAUAGCUCACGAAACUGGUGAGGGCGAGAAUGGGCUGUUCUAUCGUGAAGAGCUUGGGUAUGAACGUACACAGGGAGGCUGGGAUGGAGCUUACCGCUCGGUUGGUAGUCGCACUACCUACAAAAUGGGGAAUACACCCGUUUACUUCAGAAACACCACAAAGCUGGCUGGGAAGUUACGAUUUAACUCCGCAUCAUACCAUGGCCGUGGACCGCUACAGCUAUCUUGGGGAUACAAUUAUGGGGAUUUCAGCAAAGCUGUAUAUGGUGAUCCUCAGGUGCUUCUGUAUGAUCCUGACCGACUUCUGGAUGAACCCAAACUUGGCAUAUCGGCAGCCAUCUGGUUUUGGAUGACUCAGCCAGACUGGAGAAUUAGUCAUAAUCCGCACAAUGUGAUCUACAAGCAACUCAGCAGCCUCAAACCCUGGGGCUUUGGACGCACGAUUAUGGCAAUUAAUGGGGGCCUAGAAGGAAAUGCCGUUGAAAAUGGGGCAUCUGAUGCAGACAAGAAAGUGACCAGACGGAUAAAAAACUACAGGCGUUGUGCGGAAUAUUUCAAGAUUCCCGUCGGCGUUGAUGUCUAUGUUUCUCACAGUCCUUUAGGCAUGACAACCCCAGAGCUGCGAAAUACACUCAUCUGCGAACUGAUUUGGUUUUUCAAGAGACUCACUUGGAAUCCAGCUGAAUCUCUCGUUUGGGAUGUCUCUAGGCAACUGAAUGUGCUGCACCAGGCCGCCUAA